AUGAAAGAAACAUUUGGUGACAAAAUUGUAGCACCUAUAGAGCCAAGGACCGCCGUUAUGAGAGCAGCCGUGUUGUUUGGUCAGAGUCCUGCUGCAAUUCAAACUAGAGUAUCAAAGUAUAGCUACGGUAUCGCAACAAUGAACCAUUUCAAACCUGAAAUACAUUCAGAAGAAAAACGAAUCGUGAUUGACGGACGUGAGUAUUGCGACGACAUCUUUGAAAAGCAUGUCUCUAUCGGACAAGAGAUAACUGUCGAACAAAACAUGAACGAGAUGACCUAUUACCCAACUAUAGAUAACCAGGCACACGCUGUCCUGCAGGUGUUUGCGAGCUCAAAAGAAAACCCCAAGUACGUGACGGAUGAAGAUUGUCAGCAGGUCGGCUUGUUGCUUAUAGAAAUGAAAAAAAAUCACAAGAGGGACUUCGGAAUCAAAGUAAAACUAAUAUUUGGCGGAACCGAGAUACAGGUAGAAGUCCGGGAUGGACACGGAAACACCAUUAAAAACGCCAGGAUGGACUUUUUAGGCUAG